AUGAUAGCUGUUUUGGUGGGGUAAAGUAUAAUGCCAAAGAGAGUUGUUAUAAAAUUUGAUAAUAAUUAGUUUUGACUCAUCUUAUGGCAUGGACCCUAAGUCAUGUUGUCAAAAUGGCAACAGAAUGAUUCAUCUGAGUUUUAGAGAUAUGAUACACUGUUUAACUUUGGAGUUUCCCUGCUUUUUGCCAAAUGCAUGCUAGGACAAAUAUCCUGAUUCAGCAUGCUGAGAUCAAAUGUUAAGACUUGAUGUUUGUUUCUAUUUUCCUAUGAAGAAAUAUUUGGCUGUGGCUUUGCUGCUUUGUGCUCUAGCGUCACUGACAAACGCUUCGUGCUUCCAAAAUCCCAUAAAAUCAGACAUGACCCAUUGUCAGGACAAUGUGGAUAACACGUGGCAUGCAGUAGGAUCUUCAUGGAGGAACAGUGCAUGUUGGGACUGUACUUGCACUGGAUGUUGUGCUGGAUUUUCAACCCCCAGGUGGUUCCCUGACGACUGUGUGUCAGAGUUUGAUGCAAAGAGGUGUGAAUACAUUGUGCAUAAGAAGGACGACCCAACCAUACUUUGUCCAAUUUAUGUUUCCGUAGGAAAGUGACUGAGUGAUCUGAGUGGAAAACUGCCUGUUGUGUUGGUUGGAACACAAGACCACACAGUGGCCAGAAACUGAAAAUAAAAUACUGCUAACAAUGAAAUUUCUAAUUAAUAAUUAAUAAUUUCUUCAUGAUUUCCUCCUUUUUUCAUAUCUCUCUUUGUACGAGGGAAAGGAGAAUUUCUGGUUACAUGUCAAGGAACAUUGAUAAAUAAAAUGGCUUUCAAGUUUGUA